AUGAAAGAUCAAUAUAUAUCAUACGAACAUAAUAAUAAUAAUAAUAAUAAUAAUAAUAAUGGUAAUAAUAGUAAUAGUAAUAAUAAUAAUCAGACAGGUUCUCAUUUUGAUGAAGCUUUAAAUUAUAAUAAAACGUGCGAAUAUUUACCAAACCUUUUAACAUCUGAAGAAGUAAAUGACAAUAAUAAUAAUAAGUGUAAAAAGUUUAAUACAUUACCAACUACAUUUAAAGACAAUAUUGUUGGAAAUAUAAUGAAUAAUUCAAAUAACAGCUGUGAUAUGUUAAAUUCAAAGUAUGUAUUAAAUAAUUCUAAUAACACAUCAAUAUUUGAUAAUUAUACUAAUUUAUCUACCCUUUUUGAUAUGAAUGAUAAUAAAAUAAAUAACUUAACGAACUUUUCUAAUUGUAAUACAUUAGAGCAUUUAAGUUUUGAUGAAUUAAAUAAAUCGAACAAUAAUAACGAUGAAUUUUUUAUAUCUAAUGAAAAGGUUGAAGAUGGAGAGGAUGAUGAGGAGGAUGUAACCACUACCGAUAUUAAUGUAUUAGAGAAGGAAAAGAAUAAAAAUCAGAAAACUAAAAACAAUGAAAAUCAACAUAAUAAAAAGAAUAAUAUUGGGCAAAAUAAUAAUAACAACAACAACAAUAAUAAUAAUAAUAAUAAUAAAAGUGGAGGUAAGAAUUCUAAAAAAAGUGGAGACAUCUUAAAUAAUCAACAAACCGUUGCAGGAAAUAAUAAAAAGAGUGAUAUCAAAACUGCGGAAAAAAAUGAAAAAAGUAAUAAUCAUAAUAAUAAUGAUAAUUUAUUUAAUAAUAAGAAUAACUGUUCGUACGCACAGAUAAAUAAAAAAUUUACAGAUGUUAAUGUAAUAGAAAACAAUCAAAUUAUUGAUGUUAACCAUUCAAAGAGUACUAUAUCUGUUGCAGGUAAGAAUAAUGAAAAUAAUACGAACAAAGAAAAAGAUACCAAAAAGAAAAACAACAACAAUAAUAAUAAUAUUCUAAAUAAUAUUAAUAAUAAAGAGAAUAAAGUAAUAAGCAAUCAAAAGAAUAAUGGUUUAGAGAACAAGAACAACAUUAAUAAUAGAAUUAAUGUAAUAUCAAAUAAUAAUAACAAUAUAAAUAAUAUUGAAAAGGAUAGUAAAAAUAAUUCUAAUGAUAUACUUACAAAUAUGAAUGAUACAAAUAUUCAUCAGUUGAUUAUGAAUCAGGGACAAUUGGAUGAUAAGGAUAAUAUGAAAAAUAAUAAAAAUGAUGAUAAUAAUAUAACAUUUAAUCUUUUAACAAACAAAGAAAAUAAAUGUAAUAAUAAUUAUAAUAAUAUUGAAAGAGCUUUUACUACAGCCGUUGGAACAUCAUCUUUUAUUAAUAAUAGCAAUAUUGGUACAGACAAUAAAAUUUUUGUAAAUGAUAUAAUUGGAAAUAUGCAUGAGAAAGUUGGAGAUAAUGGCAGUGCAUUUAUGGAGACAAAUAACUAUAACAAUUUAAAUAAAUUGAUUAUGCAAGAGAAUGAAAAUAUGUUUAAUAAGAAUAUAAGAAGCAAUGUGAAAAAUAUAUUGGAUUACAUUACAAUGGAUAACAAGAAUGUAAAUCAUAAUAAUAAUAAUAAUAAUCAUAAUAGUAACAUUAUUGAUGAUAACGCCCUUUUCAGUAAUAAUAACUAUAUGAAUAAACAUGAGAACAUAUAUAAUAACACUAUGAUUAAUGGAAACAAAAUAAAUGAAUUUGAUAACAUGAGAAAUACGAACAGUAAUUAUAAUAAAAAAAAUAACUGUAUGUUUUUAUUUAAAGAUAAUUUAAGUAUAUCAGGAUUGGGAAACGUAAAUGUAUGUAAUGAGAAAAAUAUGAUAAAUGAAAGUUUGAAUAAUAUUUUUAAAAGUGAUAAUAAUAAUAUGUCUUUAGGUAUUAAUAGUCCGUGUCUUACCAAAGAGGAUUUUUUUAAUUGCACAGGAAAUAACAAUAUGGUUGAAAAUAAAUCUAAAGAAUAUAAUAUAAGUGAUAAUGGUAUAAAUGAUUCGUGUGAUUAUACAAAUAAUCUUUUAAAUAUAUUUUUAUCUUGUAAUAGUAUUAAUGAAAAUUUUGAUGAUGCAAAUGAAUAUAAUAAUAAGAUCAAUGGAUUUAAAUUGGAAAAUCAUUAUUCAUAUAAUAAUGGAGGGAAAAAUAUUUCUACAGAUAUAAAUGAGUCUAAUAAUAAUUCAGAGAAUCAUUUUAACUUGUUUGGUAAUUAUAAUUUUUUUGGGAAUAACUGUAUACAUUGUAAAAGUUAUAAAAAUGAAAUAAAAAAUUUAACACUUCAAAUAAAGCUUAUGAAAGAAGAAAUAUUAAAAUAUAAACAAUUAAUAAUGACAUCAGGAAUAAAUGAAAAAUUUGAUAAAAAUUUUAACAGUUCGAAUUUUAGUUGGAACACUACUAAAAAUUUUAAUGAUACAUAUGAACAGAAAAAUUAUGUUCCAUCUAUUGAUGCAAACGAUUAA